UGCCAGUCUUACACCAAGUUAGUGGACAGCAACACGAAGAAGCAACUAUGGCGCUUUACUUGUGCCUAUUCCUCCUCCUUGCCACCGCUCUUUGCCACUCCGCAUCCGGGGCAACAACUCCCAGCGUCUGGCCCAAGGGCACCUACGCCCUGCCAAUGCCCGACGUCGGCUGCCAGAACACCCAUUACUACUGGAAGACCGGCAGAAGGUGGCACGAUACCCAGGACCUGUUUGCUAACAACGGGUGGUCCAACCCACUCGAUCUGAGGGGACCGUACUACAAGAACAACGUACAGCAGAAUUUCUGCGUGAAGACGGACUACCAGACGGCAGACACUGACCCAGAGUGGGGCAAGGGAGAGUACUGUAUCUUUAAGAAGGGAAACUUUUGUCCUACUGAUUUCAGCGAAGGUUGGAUCAAAUGGGACGACCAGAACCUCGCCAAUCAGAACGACCACGGGGGCGAGCUGCCCGAGGGUGUCUACGACCACAACACGAAGAUCUACUUCUGUUGCCGCAGCGACGGAGACGCGGCCACGCCCCUGGUUCUCCCAGUCGACGAUCCUUUCUUCCUCUUCAGGAAGAACGGUCAUUGCCAGAGCGUUGAGAGGAUGAUCAUGUUGGAGGAGUGGUUCAGAUGGGAUGGAGAGGAUGACCUCAUCGAUCUCACCAAGUAUGUGGAAGGGGAAGUCCCGGAUCUUGACAGCUUUGGCGACAACCAUAAACUCAUGAUUGCGUUUUGGCGACUCCAACCAAGCCCAACCGAAUCAACAAGUUGGUUACCGCUGGCUGAUGAAAGGUGCGUUCAAAUUGAGACACGUCGCAGGGAAUACAGCAUAAUGCAGGUUCGUGUGGGUGUAUACUUGGCCGUUGCCGCCUGGCUUUGCAUCCUGGGGACGGGUCAGUCAACAGAGUUGUACAUGACGACCUCGGGGAGUAUCCCAACAAAAGCUCCACCGACAACCCCUGGCAAGCUCCCAACUAAGGUUCCACCGACAAUUCCCCCCAAACCACCCACAGAGGCUCCCACUGCUCCCCCAAAACCACACACAGAGGCUCCUAUGACAACCCACAAACUACUCACUGAGGCCCCACACACGACUCCUAAACCACCCACAGAGGCCCCCACUGCUCCCCCAAAACCACACACAGAGGCUCCCACGGCUCCCCAACAACCACCUACUGAUGCUCACACGGCUCCCCCAAAACCACCCACAGAAGCCCCACCCACCACACCGAUCAAACCCCACAUUGCUUGGCCCAAAGGAACCUACGCUCUCCCUAAGCCAGUGUCCCUAUGCCCGUACAACCACUACAACUGGAAGACGGGAUACAGGUACCACGACACACAAGACACAUUUCCGAACAAUCAAUGGUCGGAUCCCCUGCAUCUUCUCGGCCCGUACUAUCACAAUAACAUGCAGCAAAACUUCUGCGUAAAGACGGACUACCAGACGUCCGCGCUUGACCCUGAGUGGGAGAAAGGAAACUACUGCAUCAUGAAGAAAGGGGAAUACUGUCCUAACAAGGGCUUCAACGAAGGCUGGAUCAAAUGGGACGACCAGAACCUCUUCAAUAAAAACAAACACGGCGGUGUUAUGCCAGAGGGCGUCUACGACCACAACACAAAGAUCUACUUCUGCUGCAGGGAGGAUGGCGACGUGACCACGCCCAUAGUUCUCCCUUCAGAAGAACCGUUCUUUCUCUUCCGAAAGCACAACACUUGUCAGCGGGUCUUGGGCAUGAGGGUACACGAGGAAUGGUUCAAGUGGGAUGGGGAGGACGAUUUCAUAGACUUCGACAAGUACCGCGAGGGUUCCGUCCCGGAUUUGGAGAGCAAAGGGGAUAACCAUAAAAUAAUGUACUGUUAUUACAGCUAAGCGUUUUGUUUUUGUUCAAAUUCAACUUGGCAUUCAGUACCUGGUGAAUUUAAAGAAAGAAAACAAUUAACGAAUUAAGAGCAAAUAUGGCGAAUAAAAGACACCAUAGAACUGGUUGAGAAGAAAAUAUUAAUGAGAAGAAUUAGGCCUAUUAAUGGUAUAUUUAUUUCAUCAAUACUGA